UCGAAAGAGAGCCGUCGUGUCCGUCGGCCAUAUUUGUUCAAGGCAUCGUCGUCAUCGGCACCCCUCCGCCGCCGCCAAUCAUCUACAACACCCCGCUUCGCCUGCCAUUCAUUUCGGUUAUUGUGUGACGUGUGUGUGUCAGGACCGUCUGCCGCCGUGUCUGUGUAUCAUCGACGUUUUAUCAAACGGGAGAAAUAAAAGAGAAAAAAAAUACACACACAUACACCCGCCCAUUACGCCAUAGUCACCGCCGCCGUUGUUACAAUAUUGCGUCUUUACAUAGUGCACACGGCAUCGCACUUAUUGUUUCCGCAUCCCGACUACCCGUUUUCGCGGCGCAUAUCACACAUACACGUCGCUCUUGACCGUUCUCGUACCGUUUCGACUCAGAACGUAGAUAUUAUUAUAACUACGUAUUCGAGUGCACGGUAAUAAAUAUUACAAUAACAUUCCGCAGCAGUCGGUUUGUUAUCACUCGUCGUCGUAUCUACGCGAACGCCCCUAAGCCUCCGCCACAGUAAUCGUCUUCGUCAUCGUCGUCAUCUCUGAAAAACCUACCAACAAAACCCGACAACAUGAGUCCGGAUUACGAUUACUUGUUCAAGCUGCUGCUGAUUGGUGAUUCAGGCGUUGGCAAGUCUUGUUUGCUCUUGCGGUUUGCUGACGACACAUACACCGAUUCGUACAUAAGCACCAUUGGCGUAGAUUUUAAAAUCCGUACCAUCAAACUGGAUAAUAAGACUGUGAAGCUUCAGAUUUGGGACACUGCCGGACAAGAACGCUUCCGUACAAUCACCUCAUCGUAUUAUCGUGGAGCACAUGGCAUCAUUGUUGUGUAUGAUUGCACAGAUAUGGAAACAUUCACUAAUCUAAAACAGUGGCUAGAAGAAAUAGCUAGGUAUGCAUGUGAUAAUGUCAACAAACUACUGGUGGGUAACAAGUGUGAUUUGCAUGACAAGCGUGCUGUGGAUGAAGCAACAGCUAAAGAAUAUGCUGAUCAUCUGAAAAUCCCGUUCCUGGAAACAUCUGCUAAACAAGCAACUAAUGUGGAAUUGGCCUUUUUAACUAUGGCUGCCGAGAUCAAGAACCGUAUCGGGCCACUAGAUGGGCAAGGGCCAGGAGGUGCAGCUGACGGGGUUGGAAAAGUAACAAUUGAUUCAAAAUCAUCAGACACAUCUGGUGGGUCUGGUGGUUGCUGUUAAUGAUGAAAUGACGCUGUCGUCGUAAGCAUUGCAGCACGCUUGUGGAAAACUAUCGUUGCUGAUGAUGAAGAAUUGAGCCACAGACAGAGAUAGAUGAUAUAUAUUUACAACUACUAAUUAAAACAAAAUAUAAGCUGGGGAAAUACAUUUCUGAAUCCAAAAUACAUAAAAAAAAUAUUAUAGAAGUGUGCCAUUGGCAUGCUUACCGCCAAUUCACCCCUACCCACUACUGUCUUAAAUUAUUAUUUUUCAACGCGUUUAUUUUGUGUACAUAUACAUAUAUAUUUUAUUAUUAUUAUUAUUAUUAUUAUUAUUAUUACCUAUAAUUAUUAAUUACGUCAUCGUAGCAGCAUCAGUCGUGGUUUGUUCUUUAUUAUUAUUAUUUUUAUUCCGAUUCUUUAUAUUAUUAUAAUAAUUAUUAAUUUUAUUCGCAUACAACAUCCUACAGUACCAAAACAUUCCCAUUUACCUCUGUGAACAACCAGUUAAAAAAACUAGAAAAUAAUUCGACAAAAACCUAUUGUAAUUUUGUCGAUGAAUCUCCUUUAUCCCUUACACAACACACAUACACACUGUUAUUAUUCAAUUACAUAGAUUUGUAUGCGAAUCCUCCCUCCGCACUUAUGCACAUUGUGAAAACCCUAUUUUUCUAGAAUUCUCUAAAACCACUCAUGGAAUCAAAACCUCUUUUAAAUAUAUACUACAUAAUAUUAUCUGCCUGCCAGCUAACAGUUAAUUAACAUAUAUUAUCUGUAAACAUGUAUGUACUUUUAUAUAUUAUUAUUAUUAUUACUAUACAUAGUUUUUUCUCAUGAUUUUUUUUCUUUUUUUGUUACACGAUUAAUAAAUAUAUAUAUAUUUAUAUAAUACAAUACAAUAAUAUAAGAAAUAGAAAUUAAUAAAUGAAAAUGACCGUCGUUAUUUAGUUUUGUGUAUGUAGCCAAUCUUGAUAGAAUCAUAAUUAUACAAUGACUACUAGAUAAAACAACACUUAAAUGUCAAAUCAAGUAACACAAGGAACCUUUUUUUUUAUUUCUUAUGAAUGUUUUAUUAUAACACAUGCUGAAUUAUUUUUA